AUGAACUGUCUCCUGUCUGGUGGAGGAGCUACACUCUCUGAGGCUGUCCUGGAAGACUACUGGAAAAAGAGUUAUCGGGUUUCUAUCAUCAUCUUCUGGUUUAAAACCAAGAACAUCCAUGUGGAAUUGUCUCAGAAUUAUUUACAGUUGUACUUUAAGCCAGUGGAAUUGGGCAUCACAAACUCCCUUGUUCCAGUGAAUUGUGAACAUUUGGAUUUGCACUUUAAAAAGUCCUGCCCACAUGGCUGUCUUAAUGGAGCACUUUGUACUGAAACAGGUUUAUGUGACUGUGACACCUUUCAGGCACAGGGAAACAGAUGCCAGUAUGUACCAAACCCUGGAAAAGAAAGAGAUGGGAUCUGCAGAAGCUGGGGUCAAUACAAUUUUGAAACCUUUGAUGGUAUCUACUUUUACUUCCCGGGAAACUGCUCCUACAUAUUUGCCAGAGAUUGCAUUAAUCCAGUGCCUCUGUAUACUAUAUGGGUUCACAACAGUCCUAUAUGUGAUGGUUCUGUUUAUACUUGCACACGGUCAAUCAGUAUGUUUUUCUCAAGCCAAGAGGAGAUCACAGUUUCUGGUUACGAAGUGAGAAAAGGAGGAGUAAGGGUGAUAUUGCCACAAACUGUGGAAAAUGUAUUUAUUGAGAGGCUAGCUGACUAUAUACUAGUGAAGACUACCUUUGGAUUUUCUCUUGCCUGGGAUGGAGGAUCCGGAAUAUAUAUUAAAUUGACAGAAGAUCAUAAAGGGAAACCUUGUGGCCUUUGUGGAAACUUUAAUGGCAACUGGACAGAUGACCUUACAGUACAACACAGUAAGUACACAGAAGAUAUUGCUAUGUUUGCAAACAGCUGGUAUGUUCAGAUCCCAGAUGAGCAUAUUUGUGUAGAAACUGCCUCUGAAUAUCCAAAUCCUUGUUCUGUGGAUACUGUUCAUGAGGCAAUGUUUCAUAAAUGUCAAGUACUCUUACAGUUCCCUUUUCUGAGCUGUCAUGAAACCAUGCAAUUUAAAAUCUACAUUUUCAGUUGUUAAUGGAAUUUUUGUUACCUUAGACAAGAUGAUGAUGAAACAUACUGCCGUGCUGUAAUUGAGUAUGCAAGAGCAUGUUCCCAUUCUGGCCAUCCAAUUCGAGACUGGAGAGAUGAUUUCCCAGCAUGCACGGAAAAGUGUGAAGAUAAUUUUGUACAUCGGGACUGUAUUAGCUGCUGCCCACCAACUUGUACUUAUGAAAAAGAAUGUUUAGGAAGCAAUUUGCACUGCCUGGAUGGAUGCUAUUGUCCAGAUGGUCUUAUCCUGGACAAUGGAGCCUGUGUUUCAGUAACUAGCUGUCCUUGCAUUUAUCAUGGUACAGCGUACCCAGUGGGUUCUAAAAUCGAACAGGAAUGCAGCAUGUGCGUUUGUUCUGGUGGUGUUUGGAAUUGCACAGAACACGAAUGUCCAGCUGAGUGCUCUGUAGUUGGAGAUUCUCACUUUACAACUUUUGAUGGACGUUAUUUUACUUUCCUGGGCAUUUGUCAAUACAUCCUGGUCAAAGGAAUUGGAAAAGAUAAAUUUACCAUCACUUUACAAAAGUCUUCUUGUGAUCAACACUCUGAUCACGCAUGUAUUCAGUCAAUUACCCUUGUACUUGAUGAGGAUAUGAAUAAACAAGUUACCAUCCUGAGAAAUGGAGAUGUUCAGUUUGGCCCUAACCAAGCUAUUAUCCUAAAUGGUGAUAUUGAGGUUCGUAAUUUGUCGUCAAUGUUUGUCCAGCUAAAAACCAAGUUUGGAAUAAGAAUUCAGUUUGCAAAAGGAGGAGAGCGGCUUUAUAUUCAAGCCAGCAGUACUUGGAAGAGGAGAACAUUGGGUUUAUGUGGAACAUUUAAUGGAAAUCUAAGAGAUGAUUUUCUUUCUCCAGCAGGUAUGAUUGAAGGCACCCCACAACUUCAUGCAAAUGCAUGGAAAAUCUCAUCAGCCUGUUUAACUCCAGUGAACAUUCCUGUCGUGGACCCAUGUGACACUAAUCUUCAAAAUGUUGGAUAUGAAGGUCAGUGUGAUGUUAUCAAUCAAGAACUUUUUGCACCAUGCCAUACCUAUGUCAGUCCGACAUUGUAUUAUCAGCUCUGCCGGUUUGAUGCAUGUAAAUGUGGAAGUAAUUGUCUGUGUAACGCCCUGGCCCACUAUGCAUAUAUCUGCAAUAAGCAUGGUGUCACUAUCAACUUCAGAUCUCACGUUUCAUUCUGUGGAGUCAUCUGCCGCUUUGGAAUGUUGUUCCAUCAGUGUUCAUCAUACUGUGGCCGCACUUGCUCCUCUCUUUCCCUUGGAGAAGUCUGCACUGAUGAAUGUAUAGAAGGAUGCAACUGCCCUGAUGGAAAGUACUUUGAUGAGUCUCUUAGUUUUUGUGUUCCUAUAUCAAGCUGUCGUUGCUAUUACAAGGGCAGAAUUUACCAUCCAGGAGAAGUGAUUUUACGACAGUCUGGGUCUUGCCAGUGUUUGAAUGGAACAAUGAGGUGUACUGAAACCGCUACAACUAUGACAGGCCACACAUGCCCAGAAGGAAAAAUAUACUUUGACUGCAGGAAUCCUGUUCUUGGCUUACCAUCUGCUGGUGUGAACUGUGAAGUCACCUGUGCCAACCUGGCUAUGAAUUUCUCGUGUGUCCCAUCCCCACCUUGUGCCAGUGGGUGCAUUUGCCCACCAGGUAUGGCGGAGCAUAAAGGGAAAUGUUAUGUUCCUGAUAGCUGCCCAUGCUCAUGGAAGGAUUGGGAAUAUUUAUCUGGAGAAGUCAUUACUACACCGUGCUACACAUGUGUUUGCAAAAGAGGAGUAUUUAACUGCACCAGUUACCCAUGUCCUUCUGUCUGUACUGUGUAUGGCGAUCGUCACUAUUACACUUUUGAUGGUUUGGAAUAUGACUAUGUCAGUGACUGUCAGACUUAUUUACUAAAGAGCACUGAUUAUUCCAAUGUUUCCAUUAUUGCUCAGAAUAAGAAAUGCUUUGAUAAUGACAUAAUUUGUUCAAAAAAUCUUGUAAUCUCCGUGGGUGGUACUGAGAUUUAUUUUACGGACACAUCAGAAAAACAGAAGCAGUUUCGAAUGCAAAAUGGUUCUUUUAGGAUUCAGCAUUGGAAGGCUGGGUUUUACACUGUGGUACACUUUCCAGAAUUAGACAUCACAAUACUUUGGGACAAGAAAACCACAAUACAUGUUAAAGUUGGACCCCGGUGGAAAGGAAAACUUUCAGGUCUGUGUGGAAACUUUGACAAGUACACCUCCAAUGAUUUGACUACUUCUAAUAAUAUGGAGGUGAGGAAUGCACAGGUGUUUGGAGACAGCUGGACUAUUGGCCAGUGUAACAGUUAUAAUGAGACAAUGAGACCUUGCGAAGUUCACCAAAGCAAAUUCCCAUAUGCAAAAAAAGAGUGUUCAAUUCUCUAUAGCGAUGUGUUUGCUCCAUGCCGUAAUGUGAUUGAUGUGACAUCAUUUGUAAAAAACUGCCAUACAGACACAUGUAACUGCAACCUUGGAGGAGAUUGUGAAUGCCUUUGUACCAGCAUAGCGGCAUAUGCUCACAAAUGCUGCCAACAAGGUGUAGCCGUCCACUGGAGAUCGCCCAAUAUGUGCCCAUAUGAUUGUGAAUAUUAUAACCAAGGAUUAGGCGAAGGUCCCUUCAUUCUCUCAAGUUGCGGCAACAGUGAAAUUGUAUUAGGCGUUAAUGCUACCAGCAAAUAUAUAUUCCCAUUGCCAAGAAUGAGUGCACACGGAAAUGUUUUAUUUAACUUCAUGGUAACACCUGGACUUUUUAGAGAUAAAGACUUGUCAUUAUCGCUUGUCUCUUUGGAAUCUGCGGAAAGACCAAAUUAUUUUUUGACGGUGCAAGAAAAUGACAGCGUGCAUUUGGAGCAGUGGGAAACCAGCUCGACAUUUCGUAGAAGAGCUACCUUUUUUCAUCACCAAGGCCUCUGGGUUCCAGGAUAUAGUGCCUUUGAAUUGCACAGCAGAAAGGGGUUCUUUAUAGUUCUAACAGCCACAGAAGUUAAAGUUUCUAAAUACGACAAUUCUGAGGAAUUUAAACUGUCCAGCGGAUUUAAAAUUGAAGAGAUUGCUGCAGCAGUACCCUAUAGGCGAAUGUGUGAGUGGAGGUAUGAACCAUGUGCCAGUCCUUGUGUUAAAACCUGCAGUGAUCCUGAAGCUGUUUUAUGUUCGUUUCUUCCACCAGUGGAAGGAUGCAUUCCAUACUGCCCAAACCAUAUGAUCCUUGAUGAGAUUACACUCAAAUGCGUCUACCCAGAAGAUUGCAUUCCAGUGAAAACAACCAUUUUGCCUACUGCCUCAAAACCAGUAAUGACAAGUUUGACGCCAACAAUUUCUACAAAAGAAAUCUAUCUAACAGUAACUGAACCAAUUCAGACAGAUUUUUUAGACAUGUCAUCCUACUCUACAACAGUUACCACUGUUGGUCCAUCAAAAACAACUCAUGAAGCACAUACAGCCUUAUCAAUUUCAAGCACUUCUAUGAAGUAUGAAUCAUCUCCUGAUCAGCUUACUAGUGAAUAUGACAAAUUGACUCAAAGUACGUCACCUCCUCAUCCAGAAAUACAAAAUAUGACAACACAAAUCACAAGCCUGGGAACAAGCAUAGGCUCUUUAAAAACUACAGAAAAAACGAGCACUUCAGGUUCACCAAUAACAUCGCCUUAUGCUGCCUCUUUAUUUGUCACAUAUAAAACACUACCUCCAAAAGAAGCUGUUGAUACAACAAAAACUCCAACUCGAAUGUUGGGCCAGUCUUCUCAGGGCUUUUACCAACUGACAACAAAGUCAGUCACGGCAACUCCCUAUACUUCCAUGAUGGAAAGGAUUACUUUGUCUUCAGCCACAGAUGUAUCAGUAUCUCCAUUUUUGUUAAAUGUAACAUCACCCAGUAAAGAAAGUAUAUCUUCAGUUAUGUCAUCUGUGCCACUGAACUCAUCUGUUACAACUACAGGUUUAGCCCAUUUUGCCCUUAGUACAACUAGCUCUAAAGUAUUAGACACUCAGUUUUCCCUUACAACAUCUGAGAUCAGUCCUGAAAAAAGCCUAACCACAAUUUCUGCAGGUACAUUGCCACACACAUCUUUGCUAAAUGGAACUGUGUCUACUCUGUCAACUCUGGAAACACACGUAAACCUUUCUGAAAGUUCAAGAACUGCUUUAACCACCUCAAUUUUGUUGCAUCCUGUAACCACCCAGUUAACUACAACUUUCACAUCACCUUCAACAUCUCAUUUUGAUCUGCAACAAACAACCAAAUCUGUAAUUCAAACCAAAAUAAAAGAAAUAAUGUCUUCUUUGUCUCCAACUUCAACUUUUUCCAAAAUGCCAGCAGUUGAAUCUACUUUUAAACCUUCACUUAGUUCGGCUACAUCAUCUACAUUAAGUCUACUAACAUCUGUGCAGACCUCGAAAAUACUUCCAAAAAUUACUCCGCUAGACAAUAUCUCCCCUUAUACAACUGUACUGCUCACUUUAGAGACCACUUUAGCACCUAAAUCAACAAUGACAUACGAAACAAAAGACCUAAUAAAGACUACAACCAAGUACACAUCCUUGUUAACUACAAAUGCAACGCUCAUUCAGACCCCACCUGUGACUUUAAGUACUAAAAAAUUCCCCAAGAGCACUGAAGCCCCUCUUAAAAUACUAACCACUGUUAGAGAACAUUUGGGUACUAGCACCCCUACAACAGAAGGUACAACUCGUGAAUUGGGCAGUAAAUCUACAGAAAGUGUUCUUGCACAACAUAUUUUUCCAACUAGUUCAGCUCUAGGACCUCCCGAAAAUGAAACAAUAGUGGAUUCUUCUUCAACACACUCAAGCAAAAUGUAUUCCACAGUGCCCAAAGAGAGUUUACUUACUACUUCCUAUUCAUCUCCAACUUUUGACACUUCAACUCACACUUCUGUUCAUUUAGAAAAAACAGAUGCAACUACUAGUAUUGGUUCCACAGUGAUAUCUUCUUCUGUGCCUUCAGAAAUAACAGAUACAGCUACUAGUAUCACUUCUGCAGUUAUAAUGUCUGUGCCUUCAGAAAUAACAGAUACAACUACAAGUAAUUCUACAGAGCUUGUUACUAGUGUAAAGCACUUGGAGACUCUAUUUACACUUAUAAUGGCACCAACCUCUACAGAAGUCACUCCUGGAUCUUCCACAUUUUCUGCUGUGAGUGAGACAACAUCUAAAGCUGUGACUCUGCAUGAAACUAGUAUAGAACCCUAUCUCAACACUACUCAUACCCCGUUGACUACUGAAAAAGAAAAGUUAGACUCUUACACGACGAAAAGCACAAGCACUAUUACCAAACAAAUAUAUACUUCUUCAGUUAGUAAUACAACAUUGAGUGAAAUGUCCACACUUCAGCCAACAGAGAUUGUGGAAUCCUGGAACUUUACAGAACCUACAAAACGAACAAUGCCCACAAAUGUAACAUUUGAAUCAUUUUAUUCAGUGUCAUCUUCUACUACCGAGUCACUGAUAUCUGCAACAGCUACUGAUUUAAUGAUGAAUAUUACAGGAUCAUCAGACUAUUACUCAUUUGGGACAAUGUUGCAAACAAGCAGCUCUUCAGAAUGUAUGCUUUUCCCAGAGACACAACAAGAAAUGACAGAAAACCUCUCCAAACCAAGGUACAUUGAACCACUGGAUCCAUGUAGCCAAUAUGUUUGCAUUAAUAUGGGCUGGAUGCUGUAUAAUGUAUCAAGUAAUUGUCACAAAAAUGUGGAGAAACCUGACUGCGGCUUUCGUGGAAUGCCUGUCCAAGUGAACACUGACAGCUGCUGCCCAGAAUGGGAAUGUCCAUGCCAGUGCUCUGUGUUAUCCGAGCUGAGCAUCAUCACAUUUGAUGGGAAUAACAUUGCACUCUAUAAUGCAGCACCCUACAUCUUAGUCAGGCUUCCGAAAGAAACGAUCGUAGCCCAUAUUGAAAAAUGUCCUCCAAGCCUGAGCGUGAACUCAAUAAGAAAACUGGUUGCAGCUGGAGGUACUUCAGGGCUGUGCUUCAAAAAACUAAACGUUACAACGGCAAAUUUUCAAGUGCUUAUAAAUCGCUUAGAAAGGAGGGUAGAAGUGAAUUCAAAACCUCAGCCUUUACCUUUCUCGAAGCAAGGCCUGUGUAUCCAGGACACAGGAGCGAUGUAUGUCAUUAACACCCCAGCAGGCAUCAGCAUUAAAUGGACUCAUGUUACUGGUAUCAUAGACAUACAGUACGGCCUGCAUUCCAAUCAAACUACCAAGACCGAAGGGCUAUGUGGAAUAUGCAAUGGGGAUCCAAGUGAUGAUUUAAAAAUGCAAAACAGGACCAUAGUAACAAAUAAAGAGGAUAUUGAAGCAUUUAUAAAAAGCUGGGAGAUUGAGAAAUCAAUUGAUGUUUCUACAAGACGUCCAGUGCGGAACUGCACUGAAGAUAACUGCACUUACUGCAUGGAAUUACUCAACAAAAAAGUAUUUGCCCCAUGCCACCGGAAGGUUUCACCUCAAGAUUUCUGUGAGAAGAUGUGGAUCAACAGCACAUAUUUCUUAAAUUAUGAAUGUGAUGCUCUUUCUGCCUAUGUAGCAUUGUGCAGCAAACACAAUAUCUGCAUUCGAUGGAGAACCAAAGAUUAUUGCUCGCUGACUUGUCCAGAGGGAAAGGAAUACCAGCCUUGUGUACAACCAUGUGCUGCCAAAACCUGCUUAAACAAGUGGUAUUAUGAAGAGUCCCCGUGUUCCUACUUAAGGGAAGACUGUGUCUGCAAAAAGGGAACUAUUCUCCACAGGACGGAUUCUGAGCUGUGCAUUCCAGAAGACAAAUGUGCAUGCACUGAUAAUGAAGGACGCCCACGCUCACCCGGAGAAGUAUGGCAUUCAUCUGUCAGUAAGUGCUGUCUGUCAAAAUGCCUACAGAAUGGCACAGUAAUAUCCCUGGAACCUCAAUGCCACGAGGAACCAGUGCCAACUUGUGCGCAGGAGGGAGAGGCUCUUAUCAGCAUUAUUGAAGAAGGGUCAUGCUGCCCAAAGAAAGUGUGCGAAUGUAACAUAUCCUUGUGUGAAAGACCUCCAACCUGUAAGACUGGGGAAAGACUGGUUGCAGACUAUAGCCCGAGGACCUGCUGCCUUCAAUUUCACUGUGUGUGUGACCCAUCUGCCUGCCCAGUAGUUUUACCUCCAGCAUGCAAAGCGGAUCAGAUUGCAGUCCAAGUUAGAGACGGUGAUCCAUGCUGCUUUAACUAUAUCUGUGUUUGUGAAUCCUGUACAGAACUGGUUCCCGUUUGCAGAGAAGGGGAGAUCCUUACAGUGGAUUUGAACACUACAAGCCAGUGUUGCCCUCGUUAUACCUGUGUGUGUGAGGAGAACCGAUGUCCUACAUCACAGCCUACUUGUAUGCCUGAGACACGCCUGGCUAAAAAGAGAAGAGAUGGAACUUGUUGUCCAGACUGGUACUGUGAAUGUGACUGUGGAAAUGUGACCAAUGUGAAGUGUUCCUUGGGAGAAUAUCGGAAGAAUGAUACAGAUUGGCUCAGUGCUUGUGGAUGUACUCACUAUAUUUGUGCUCACUUUCCCAGAACCUCCUGUCCAGUGCCGAUUAUUACAAGGGAUAGCACCGUCUCCAGCAGCUGUCCAUCUACUAGCUUAGAGAACGGUGAAGGAGAGAAAGAAGAAGUGUGUGUAUUUCAGGGAGUUACAGUGUUGCGUCCUGGCCAGUCUCUGAUUCAUUAUUUGAAUGGGGAAAUGUGCUACACUGUUGAAUGCUUACAUGAAAAGAAUCACACAACUGGAUUUUAUGCCAUGGAAAUAUUAAUGGUGAACUGUUCAACACAAUGCGCUGCUAACCAGGUUUAUAUUCAAUCUUUCAACAAUCAGAUUUGCUGUGGGUCCUGCAAGAAUAUUUCAUGCACCUUCUACAGUGAUAAUGGUACAAUGACUAUAUAUGAGGUGGGCAACUCAUGGAUUUCUAACUGCACCAAGUACGAGUGCACAAAGACUACAGUAGGUGCCAUGAUAGUGGGCUCUAGCGUUGUCUGCCCUCCUUUUAAUGACAGUGAAUGUCUAAAGAAUGGCGGAUCUGUACAGACAUACAAUGAUGGCUGCUGCAAGAUAUGCACAAAGGAGGAAAAAAUUUGCCAAAAAGUGGCUGUAAGAACCACCAUAAGGAAAAGUGACUGCAUUAGUCAAAACCCUAUCACCGUGGCUUCUUGUGAUGGCAAAUGUCCGUCAGCUACAAUCUUUAAUGUAAACAUUGAUAGCCAUAUAAGAUUCUGUAAGUGCUGUCGGGAAAAUGGUGUGCAGAAUCUGACAGUGCCACUCUACUGCUCAGGAAAUGGGACUGAAGUGAUGUAUGUCAUACAGGAGCCACUGGACUGCUCUUGUCAGUGGAAUUGAACAUGGAAACAGUGUGGCAAGUCCGCUUUACAACUUUGCCCCAAAGCACUCUAUGCACUGAAGACACUCCAUAUAAACUCCGUGUCACAUUAAUUCUACACUGCUCCAGUUCCAAAGAACUCCACAACUCUUCAACAAAUUCUGGAAUGCAUUUAUUUAAGCUACACAUA